AUGGCCUUAGUGAAAGCUCGCGGCACAAAACGACCCUCAGCAACAUCUAGUUAUUCCGCAGCAUCCUCAAUCGUAGCCUUUGUUGGAUUAUCUGUAUUAGGUCUAUGGCUCAUCCUCACCUUCCAUUCCUUCGCACCGUCGCAGCAGCCCACCGCGCCAGCCAAACCAGAAAAAACUCCCACCCGUUUAUCCUCCAUCGGCCAUACUCACCAUCACUCCAGCGCGCUCCCACAAACUCGCCAGAACGAGCCAGAGACCAAGGUUGAAAACGAUGAAGUGGCAGCGAUCGAACCAGAGAGGAAGAUUCAAAAUGACGAAGUAGCAGUGAUCGAACCAGAGACGAAGGCUGAAAAUCAUGAAGCAGCAGUGAUUGAGCCAGAGGCGAAGGUUGAAAGUAAUGAAGAAGUGGUGAUCGAGCCAGAGACGAAGAUUGAAAAUGACGAGGCGCAGACUGGUGAUCAGGUGGAUCAUCAGGACACCAAAGAAUCACGGGAUAAAAGCGAUGCCGUGGAGGAGCAAGAGAAGCAAGAAGCGCUCGAGAAUCAAACCUCGGAAGAAAGUUCCAUGACUCAAAAAGAAGAGAUAAUUCAAGAAAAUCCACGUUCUGAAACCAAAACGGAAACUGAUGAUGGGAACCACGGUGCAGAGGAUGUAUCGGCUGAAGGUGGAUCGGAAUCUCAAGGUUCAAACACCGCAGGGAAUGAAAUAACAGAUGAAGAUCAGCAGAGGCGAAUAGACGAACAUCAACAGGGAGAAGAACAACAGAAGCAACAAGAAGGGAAAGAAGCAAAGUCGACAGAUCCUAAAGGAGCAACAAGUCAUGCUCAAACCCAACACGACGAGGCGCCCAUACAUUUGCAUCAAGAUGGCAGUAGUUCCGAGGAAACAGAUAAGCCUAAAGCACAGACAACAUCUGAAGAAGUUGAGCAUGAUUCUUUGGAUGAAGACACGGGCAAGGUAAAACCAGUAAGCGAGAAAAUGAAUGAAGAGACCUCCAACAAGAACAAUGAGGCUUCAACUUCAAGUGAUGACAGCAUUGAGAUACCCAAAGAAUCUACUGAGUCGAAGAACUCUUGGACUACUCAAGCAAACCAGUCUGAGAAUCAAAAGGAGAGACGAAACGGAGGACCAAAUGGCAAAGAUAAUAACAACCAUGGAUACACAUGGCUGCUGUGCAAUGUGACAGCGGGUGCAGACUACAUACCUUGUUUGGACAACGAGAAAGUUGUAGCAAAUAUACACAGCAGGGCGCACCAUGAGCAUCGCGAGAGGCAUUGCCCAACCGACGCUCCUACUUGCUUGGUUCCCCUGCCAAAGGGGUAUAAGAAAAGGAUCGACUGGCCUCAAAGUAGAGAUAAGAUAUGGUACAACAAUAUACCUCACACAUCACUGGCAGAAUACAAGGGGCAUCAGAACUGGGUAAAGGUGACUGGGGAGUUCCUCACUUUCCCAGGUGGUGGAACUCAAUUUAUUCACGGAGCCCUGCAUUACAUUGAUUUUAUACAGGAGGCAGUGCCUGAUAUUGCAUGGGGAAAACACAGCCGCGUAGUGUUGGAUGUUGGCUGUGGAGUAGCUAGCUUUGGAGGCUAUCUGUUUGACAGAGAUGUUCUUACAAUGUCUUUUGCCCCAAAAGAUGAACAUGAGGCCCAAGUUCAAUUUGCCCUUGAAAGGGGCAUACCAGCAAUAUCUGCAGUCAUGGGAUCUCAGAGAUUGCCAUUUCCUAGUAGAGUAUUUGACGUUGUGCAUUGUGCACGUUGCAGAGUCCCUUGGCAUGUGGAUGGUGGUUCUCUACUUCUGGAGUUAAACAGAGUACUACGCCCUGGAGGGUACUUUGUGUGGUCAGCAACUCCAGUGUACCAAAAGCUAGAAGAAGAUGUACAGAUAUGGAAAGAAAUGUCUCGCCUAACAGUUUCCAUGUGUUGGGAGCUCGUAACAAUAAAAAAGGACAAAAUUAAUUCUAUUGGUGCUGCUAUCUACCAGAAACCAGAUUCAAAUGAUUGCUAUAAUCGCAGAAAGCAAAAGGAACCCUUGAUGUGCAAAACUGAUGACGACCCUAAUGCAGCAUGGUACAUACCUUUGCAGUCAUGCAUGCACCAGAUACCUACCCAAGAAAACGAGAGAGGCUCACAAUGGCCAGAAGAGUGGCCUGAGCGACUGCAGACACCACCAUACUGGCUUAACAAAUCAAAGAUGGGAAUUUAUGGAAAACCAGCACCAGAUGACUUUGUAUCAGACUAUGAACACUGGCAAAAGGUGGUCAGCACCAUGUACAUGAAUGAUUUGGGUAUUAAAUGGUCUGAAGUAAGAAAUGUGAUGGACUUGAGAGCAGUCUACGGAGGAUUUGCUGCAGCACUGAAGGACCAAAACUUGUGGGUUUUGAAUGUGGUGAAUGUAGAUUCUCCAGAUACACUUCCCAUAAUCUACGAACGAGGCCUUUUUGGUAUAUAUCAUGAUUGGUGUGAAUCAUUCAGCUCAUAUCCCAGGACCUAUGAUCUCCUACAUGCAGAUCAUCUGUUCUCAAAUCUCAAAAAGAGGUGUAAACUGGAGUUUGCCAUGGCAGAGAUUGACAGAUUACUUAGACCAGGAGGCAAAUUAAUCAUGCGCGAUGAAUCUAGCACAGUUGCAGAAGUAGUAGACUUUCUCAAGUCUCUCCAUUGGGAAGUCUUCCUAAACCAUUCAAAGAACCAAGAAGGGAUACUCAGUGCUCAGAAAUCCGAUUGGCGGCCAACUAGUUUUGCAGAUUCAUCUUAAUUGGGAGGAAAAAUAGCAUCAAAGAUACCACGACAGCUGAGAAUCUAGAGGGGGCAGGAACCUCCCUCUGAGGAAAAGAUCCCAAUACAACUGUGGGUCUGAAUCAUUUCAUUCUUGGGGGUAGUGGUCUCUGAAUCAUCUCCCAAAACACAACAAAAUCAGUGAGGUUUAUAUUCAUAAUUUCGAGACAGGUUUAACAUGCUACUUUUUGAUGAUACAAUUCCAAAACUUACUUUAUUAUAUGU